AUGGAACGUAAUGAUAGUACAAGUGAAGAGACGACUUUUUCUUCUUCUUCUUUUAACGCUCUAAACAUCAUCGAAAGCGAUGAGCAGGACUUCAACGCUGAAGCUUUGGCAGAAGUGGCUACGAGUGGCAUGGAAAUGAAUCUGGAGGUACCAAUUCGAUCAUUUCUGACUCGAAAUGAGGCAGAAGAAGAAGAAGUAAAAAGUAAACAAAGUGCUUAUGAAGUGCUACGGAACGGAGCAGUACAUUAUUCAAGACGAGAAGAUAAAAUACGUGAACUCCAGAAACAUCCCGUUGUGGCCUUCAUAGCAGCUGAUGGACGUACUGUUGGUUGUAAAUGUGGACGUAACGUUCGUCUUAAUCCACCGUGGUAUAUUCUCAAGUUUGAGCAGCACGUUGCAAGUCGCAAUUGCACGUUCUUGAGACAGAACAAUAAGAAGAGAAAGAGAGAGAAAAGAGAAGCUGAUGGAAGUUUGGAAGAGCUUGAAGAGAGUGAAAAGGUGGCGCACAUAGACUCACGACAGGAACAGGUAGUAGAAGGUGGAGAUCAAGACGACGGCGAGGGAACCAACAAUUACUCGUUGCAGUCAGUAGACGUCAUACUGCAACGAGAAUUUGGACUUGUAACAAAUGGACAACAGACAAUUGGACCGCCUUCAGACACUUUGUCACAGGAUCGGCUACGGAUGUUUAAAGGUGCUGUGGUGCUGCGAGAUAAUCCGCAGUUUAAGCGGAUCACACCUGACGGAAGGUUUGCGGAGUGCAAGUGCUCACGGAUUAUAUUGCUUAGCGCACCCUGGCACCCUGGACAGUUUUUAAUGCAUGUGGCAGAAAAGCAGAAACCCAAGAAACGAGCGAAAACUGCUUCUGCUGUAGUGAAGAGUGUUGAGCGAAAGAAAAGGGUUUACGCGUCUGGCUUAUCAUCCUCGACUGCAGGAAGAAGUGUGGUUUCAUUGGGUCUGCCGAUGAGACCAACUAUCGCAAAUGCAUUUCUGCAGGCGCACAAGGUGAAAAAGAGUUUUCCACGUGAAAUUCGAUGGGACAUUGCUCGGGCACGUGGGUUACUCCCAUGCCCUGGGCUUAGAGAUGAUCGCAUGAAAAUGUUUGUGACAUCUGCCAUUCAGCUCACAGGAGGUGCACGGUAUCGGCAGAAAAUUGCUCGAGAACUUUUUCCUCAUCUCUUCUUGGACAGCUCAGAGUAUGACCCCACUGACGAAGUUGAUCAUGAAGUGGAGCUGGAUCAUUCCGACAGUCAAAGUUCUUUAAAGAAGCGACAACCCAAGCUUCAGCAGCAGCUUCUCGAGGCCGAAAAAUUACUGCUGCACGAUGUCAUUGAGGGUGAAGCACUCUGGUUCGUGGACAAAGACGGCAACUCGGUGCGCAGUCUGGAUUGUCUUGGCAUUGUUGAUUCGGGUAAAGGCGAUACCCGAUGCGCGUCAUGCACUAUGCUUCGUAGCAAUGCAGCUUUGAGAACAGCUGCGGCAACAAAAUACAAGAAUGCGAUGCUUUCUGGACCGCCUCGCAACCCGAUAAAUAGAAAAUUCUGUUCUGGAUGCGUGUGCUCGCUGCUUGAAGCCGAAUUCGAUAUGCGAGAGCCUUUCGCUCGAGUACUUCGUGAUUUGGCUCUCGCUAAUAUCCCUAGUGCAUUGAACACAUGGAUGGAAAUGGCUACGAUGGGACUCUCAGGCGUCUUUGAUACUCACCCCGCACUGCUCGGCUUAACCGAGGCAAUGGUGCGAUUGAAGGAUAAGGAACAGCGCGGUGUGGGCUUACAGAACAUGACGUACAGCAAUCUUCUCGAUACGUUCAUGAGGUCACUUGCCGACUUAUCGCCUGAUGCUUGUGAGCUCUUUCAGAAGCAUUUGGGAGGACGAAAGCAAAGACAGUUGCAAGCAGUAGCAGUAAAAUCUGUAGUGCCUAGCAGACGAAGGCUGCAACUCCAAACAAGCAGUGAUGUGUCCCAGACAGGCCAAGACCAGCAGAUAGGUGAACCCUUUUAUGAUGGUGUUGGGAAUUCAGCAACUGCUGUGCGCGUAACAAGUGACGAGGGUUUUGUGCACUUGUUGGACCCAUCCGUUGUUGGCUUUGAAAUGCCUUCUUUGUCCAUUAACGAUAUCCAAGACGUAGACCUGAGCACGUUUCCUGCAUCUUCGGCGAUACAACUGCAUGGAAACCAAUCCAAUAACCUUGUUCAUGAUGAUGAAGUGAUCUUAUCUGUGUCACCAGUCGUGGCGGAGUCGGCCCUUUCAUCCGAGUCCAACCCGGUAAUUGAACAAGCUUGUAAGGAAUCCGAAUGCCAAGGCGACAUUCGUAUAAACUUAACAACCGAAACUACGAGCCUAGAAGUCGUCACGAGCGUGGCAAGACAGAAUUAUGAUGACGUUACGGAUGAACCUAUAGAGACCGAGGGGCAAACGGAGAGUGACUCUGACGCCGUGGCAUUCCUCACCGAACUUCCAUCACCUAAAAACAGCAGCAAGACUAACGAUGCCUUGAUGCCAAGCGACCAUGUACCGUGCACAGGACUUCGUGAUGAAAAUGUGCAGGCAUAUGUUGCUAAUGCUGUCCAAAUUGUUGGAGGUAGCCGACCUCGCUACGUGAUUGCACGUGAGCUGUUUCCACAGGUCUUCGGCAAUGACAAAAAGGUUCGCAUCGUCGACAAGCUGAGUAAUGAACAGCGGCUAAUUCUGCAGGAUGCAGUGUUCAGCGAAUGCCUUUGGCGUGUGGACAAGGAAGGUCGUUGUGUUCGAAGUCUGCGCUGCAAACGAUUCGUACCAGCUCCCAGAAACCACGAUCGUGGCAGUUCCCAGAGCCAAGGCGUUUGCCGUGCCUGUCGCGAUCUGCGUACCGUACCGAACUUCCGCAGCGUGCUUAGCCGCUCUAAGAUGCCGAAGAAACUUGAAAACAUCAAGUAUGUGCCCAGUGUGUACACUGAAAGCGAUCCAUUCCUGCGCAAGUUGUCGAAGAACUCGGCAUUCCGUGGACUCUACCAGUGUGUCAAGAGCAUGGUCGGUCAAGAGCUUGAAAAAAGUAGCGACGUUGGUAACGAGCGACUGAAACGAGUGCACUUUUGGUUGCGCUUUGCUCGCAUGGGCAUCUUUGGGCAUUUCAAAUCGCAUCCUGUCUUUGAAGGAUUGAUGAAGAGCAUGGUGGAGGUGAAGGAUAAGGAGCGCCGUGGUGUAGGUAAACAAAAUAUGCAGUACUCGCCGGCGCUGGAUGAAUUCAUGCAGAAUAUGGUGCAGAUAUCCACCGAAGCAUUCGAACUUUUCGCUGCCAAUUUCUGCGGCCGGACUCUGCGAUCCCAAAAAGUCAAGCGGCGAACUACUCCGGUGUUCACGACGCCAGCGAAGACGGCUGAACUACCUUCUUUUGAAGGCAACAGCGGUGGUGUGGUAUUCACAGCUCAUUCACCGAUUGCCCAGUCCCAACCUUAUCAGCACCAGCAUUAUCUCAUGGCGCCUGAUGAUCUACUCAGUGGACGAAAUUUGUCUUCUGAGGAAAGUCAGCGCUUUAUGGAUUGCAUGCUAGACGAGGUGCGUCUUUCAGUGAGCCGUGAAAUGCAAUUUGUCGCAGAGGAAGAGCGUCGCGGUGUUGGAAAUGCAGGCAACAUCCCGGCCAAUUCUGCUGAGCAUGAGCAGCAGACUGACGAAGGCGACGUUAACCAUUAUAGUCCGGAGACGUAUCUGAACGACGAAGGAGUGCUCGUUACAGAGAUUUAA